UUUUUUAAAUACCAUUGGAAACCGCAGCAGUUUUUUGCACAAGCUUAACCUGCGAGCACUUGCUUUUCCGUUUUCGCAACCUUUGCCAUCAGUAAAAUUUUCUGCCGUCAAGAACGAUUGCAUCUCCCACACUCAAGAUUUGUGGUGGAUCAUUGAGGAUGUCGAAAUUCAAUAUUCUGAAUCUUGCGUCGGGAAUCAUCAUCAGUGGUGACAAGAUCGAUAAAUCCGAUUCUAUUUCUUUUGCCGACAGGUAUGAGAAAUAUCAGGUGUUUAGAGGAACAGAGGAAGAGAGGAGAGCUGAAUCUGUUGAAAUGACAAAUAAAUUCUACAGUUUCAUGACUCCUUUUUACGAGUACAGCUUUGGGGAAUCCAUCCAUUUCGCGCACAGGUACAAAGGGGAAACCUUUCGAGAGAGCAUUAAACGGCACGAGCAUUUCAUCGCCCUUCGGCUCGGCCUAAAACCAGGGCAAAAGGUUUUAGAUGUUGGAUGUGGAGUUGGUGGACCGUUAAGAGAAAUUGCUCAGUUCAGCCAAGCAUCUGUCACGGGGAUCACCAAUAAUGAAUAUCAGAUCACUAGAGGGGAGGAACUAAACCGGGUUGCGGGUCUGGACAAGACAUGCAACUUUGUUAAGGGAAACUUCAUGGACAUGCCGUUUCCCGACAACAGCUUCGAUGCAAUUUACGCAAUAGAAGCAACAAGCCACGCACCCGAUGCAUACGGAUGCUACAAAGAGAUAUUCAGAGUACUGAAGCCGGGCCGAUGUUUCGCGGUCUAUGAAUGGUGCACGACCGAUGCUUUCGAUCCGAAUAAUGUCGAGCACCAGCAAAUAAAGGCGAAUAUAGAGAUCGGGAUUUGUAUGCCCGACAUAAGGCCGGCUACUACGUGCCUCGAAGCUCUGGAGCAAGCUGGUUUCGAAGUGAUAUUUGAAAAAGAUGUUGCCAAGGACUCGCCCGUGCCAUGGUACUCGUGCAUGGAGAAAAGUUAUUUCUCGGAAAUAGAAUUCCGAGGGACGCCCUUUGGACGAUUCAUGGCUAGAUUUGUGGUAAGGACCUUCGAAUGCUUAGGGCUUGCACCUAAAGGAAGCUCAAAGAUUUUGCGUUUCUUCGAAGAGGCGUCCAAAGGAUUUGUCGAAGGAGGGAGGAAGGAGAUAAUCACGCCUAUGUAUUUUUUCUUGGCCCGAAAACCAGAGUGAGCAUAGGACAAGGAAAAAAAAAGAGGCAAUGUAAAAUAAAACGUGGUGCGACGUUUUAAAAUUUCAAUUUCCAUCGUGUUUUUUUUUUUUAUAUAUUUUCCUCUUUAAUUUCUAAAAUUACGAACACAUGUUUGCUUGUUUCUGUUUCUUUGGAACUUGUUCUUGACAAGUUUCUUUGGAACUUGUUCUUGACAUGACGAAAAAUUAGCUAGUUCAAUGAUUUGAU